CUACAAUGGCAGUCAUGUUACAUUUCAUUGAUAAGUUAUAUUUCACUUUCAGAAUAUGAAAAUUCCGACUGAUAACAAGGAUGAUGAGGAUUCUUCAUCUGUUCCAUCUGUGUCACCUGGAACUUCGAAGACAUCUACUGAAAGUCAGAAGACAAUCAGGUACAAUCCUUCUUCCCAUGUAAUGUUAUUGAGGGAAGUCCUCGCACUUAAUCCGUUUGAAGACGCCACACAGUGGGAUGAGGUCGCCAGCAACUUUAACAAAAGCCUCCGCUCCACACGCCCUAACGUUCUGGCAGUCAAUACGCGUUCAGUAAAGGAGAGGGUAGAGAAACUGCUGAAGGCAUUCCGGACAGAGCAGAUGGAAAUUGUCUCGCUGAAGGAGGAGGCGUUACGGAAGGCGACGGAGGCAAAGGCACCAACCGAAGAAGAUGUUUACUGCAAUUCACCUUGGGAGGGCUGCCCUCCCAAGGAGAACUGCAACGAUGAGACUACACCGAAAAAGGUGAAGAAGUCGGGAACGUUAGAUGGCUACGUCAACAUGAAAACGUCCGAGUUGGAGUUGCGCCGCGAGGAACUGGAGAUUAAGAAACAACAAUUCGAACUGGAGAGGCAAGAACGGAGGCAGCGGAUGGAAAACGAGGCACAGGACAAGGCAGCUAUGCUAUCCAUGAUGAAGACCAUCAUGGACGGACUUAAAAAGUAA